UGCAUGGCGGCUCCGGAUGCAGUAUAAAUUGCGCCACACCACGGACCUACACUGCCACCACAGUACUAUACUUGCAUCAAUAACACGCACGUCUUUGUGUGUGUGCAAAGUGUACAUUACAUUGCCUCAUGGCGGCUUCUUCGCUGGGUCGACCAGCAGGCCUUGAACUUGAAGCCUACUCCUCCUCCUUCUCCGCUCCCUUAUACAGCUUCCCUCCCCUGAUGGAAGCGGGAAACUUCUGCCCGCCGGAUGACGCCGUACUGCCCGGCUUCGCCCCGGAGCUCGACGUAGUUCUACCGCCGCCGCUCGAUGAUCAGUACUCGCUGACUCUGGAAACAUUCUCCGGCGGCGGCGGCCCCGUCACGGGGGGGAAUAAUCAUGAUUUAGACGGGAUGGUCAUGGACAUGUACAGGAUGAGCGGCAGCGGUUUCCCUUUGCCUGCUACUCCUCCAUCGUACUACUACCACUGCUGCGGCAACCACAACAACGCCGGACGGAAGGAGGAGUUGGACGCGGCGGCGAGGGGUCAUCGGAGGAUCGGGUUCCGGACGCGGUCGGCGGUGGAGGUGAUGGAGGACGGGUUCCGGUGGCGCAAGUACGGGAAGAAGGCGGUGAAGAGCAGCCCCAACCUGCGGAACUACUACCGCUGCUCCGCGCCCGGGUGCGGCGUCAAGAAGCGCGUCGAGAGGGACCGCCACGACCCGGCAUACGUCAUCACCACCUACCACGGCGUCCACAACCACCCUACCCCAGCCGCCUCCUGAUCGAUCGGCUCACUUAGAAUGGUCGAUCGGAGUCGGCCUUGCAUUGCUCGACUACUGUACUAAACAGAGCAUACAGUACUACUGGUAGAUUUUAGCUUGUAGAUAGCUGAUCGGCAGGGUCCAGAGAAAUCGUUGCCUUUCGUCUUGUGCCGUUUCUUGAUCGGUCGGUCGGUACAGCGGCUGUGCUCCAGAUCGCUCCCUCGCUAUAGUAGUUCGGUUGGUCGCUUCCAUGCACUGUAACGUAGUGGGCCGUAGACGACCCGGCCUACCAUGCAGCUAAUGUUAGACGGAGCGGGCCGACCGGCUGCGGCUUUGUUACGUUCGUCAGUUUUUUUUCGAUAAUGGAGUCUUCUGGACCAAAA